CGCGAUGACGUAGAGCAGCGUGCCGGGAAGCCCCACCCCGCUCCGCCCUUAUAGCCACGGCCUCAAAGCGCGCGCGCCAUUGUGUGGCUGGGAUUCGGCCGCCGUUGUUCCUUCGUCCUCUGUUGGUGUUGUCUUGUUCUCCUUUCUUUCCUUUUCCCCCUUCUCUCUUUCCUUUUCUGUCCCUACCUUCCUACCACCUCACCCCUGCAGCCACCUCCUUUUCCCCCCUCCCACCAGCGGAAAUGCCGCGCGUCUACAUUGGGCGCCUCAGCUACCAUGUCCGCGAGAAAGACAUCCAGCGUUUUUUCAGUGGCUACGGGCGCCUGCUGGAAGUCGACCUGAAAAACGGAUACGGUUUUGUGGAGUUCGAGGACUCCCGCGACGCCGACGAUGCCGUUUACGAGCUGAACGGCAAGGACUUGUGCGGAGAGCGAGUGAUCGUGGAGCACGCCCGGGGCCCCCGCCGGGACCGCGACGGCUAUAGCUACGGCAGCCGCAGUGGUGGAGGAGGAGGAUACAGCAGUCGCAGAGCCACUGGCAGAGAUAAAUAUGGACCACCUGUUCGAACAGAGUACAGACUGAUUGUAGAAAAUCUUUCUAGUCGUUGCAGUUGGCAGGAUUUAAAGGAUUUCAUGAGACAAGCUGGAGAAGUAACAUAUGCAGAUGCUCACAAAGAACGCACAAAUGAAGGUGUAAUUGAAUUUCGUUCCUACUCUGACAUGAAACGUGCUUUGGAUAAAUUGGAUGGCACAGAAAUAAAUGGCAGAAAUAUAAGGCUCAUUGAAGAUAAGCCACGGACAAGCCAUAGGAGAUCAUAUUCUGGAAGUAGAUCUAGGUCCCGGUCUAGGCGAAGGUCUCGAAGUAGGAGUCGAAGAAGCAGCCGAAGUAGAUCCCGUAGUGCCUCAAAAAGUCGCUCAAGAUCCAAAUCUAGGUCUCGAAGCAAAGAUCAUUCACGUUCCCGAUCUAAAGGCAGGAAGUCUAGAUCAAAGAGCAAAUCUAAGGCCAAGUCCGAUCGAGGCUCUCGCUCUCGUAGCAGAUCCAAGGCAAAGUCGGAGAAGUCACACAGUAGGUCCAGGUCUCCGUCUCCUAAAGAAAAUGGAAAAGGAGAAACAAAGUCAAAAUCAAGAUCAAGAAGCCAGUCUCACUCCAAUUCACCACAACCUCCUCCACCAUCAAAGGCUCGUUCUGAGUCUCCUCCAGUCAAAAGGGCUACAUCAGUAUCUCACUCUAGAUCCCGGUCACGGUCGAGAUCUAGUUCAAGAGAUUAAAAGUCCUGAACUCCUUUGCACACUUACGGAACACUUUCUUACUUGCCAGGCAAAUUAUUCUGUGAUGUUAGUACUUCCAAUGUUGGCCUCUUCUCAGGAGAAAGCCUGAACACAGGGGCAUAAAGGUUUGAUUUGGAAGCAAAAUUAAUGGGGAGGAAAUGAGGCUCUAGAGAAAUGGUGACACAAAGCAAGCAAAGACCCCCUUUUGUAGAAAUUAAGCUCUUUGAUUUUAUAGUAUUCCAGCAGUAAUAACUUUUGUAGAGAUUAGGCUUACUUAUGAUUUUUUAGCCAUUUCAGCAGGAUCUGCUGUUGAAUGAAGUUUUCUUUUUAAAGUAUUAAACUCUCAAAAACGCUUUAAACUUUUAAAGCUUUGGAGAGGACUCAGUUUUGUUUUGUUUUUUAAUUAUGUUCAAGUUACAAAUAAUCCUGAGUUGUAUUAAGGGUUUGCUACCAAGGGAAUGAAAGCCACAGGUCAAUAUUAAAUGGCUUUUGAGCAGUUUUGUCUGGUAUCUAUUUUUUUUUUUUUUUUUUUUUUUUUUUUAAAAAAAUGAACUGUGUUGUGUGUGGUUAAGUGUAAAAUUAGGCAAACCUCAAAUCAGCAAUAAAUUCAAUUUGGUAUACCAUUGUAUUUCCAUGUUAUUAAUUAAAAUUUGGUAAAGUAA